AGGUCAAACAAGCAAGCAAGAAUUAUGGCGAUUAUACAUAAAUAUCAUUAUUCGCUACGGCAUUGGUAGGGUAAGGGCCAAGGGGCAGAAGCAGAAGUAAUAUUUGAGAUCAACGUCCCAAAAAUGUAUUUCGGCUUGGGUAUUAGAGAGGAAAAUUGCUCACCAGGAAGGCGGACGAGUGGAAAAUUGCCAGUCAGAUAGGGCCCAAAUAGAGUGAAAAGUUUGAAAGCAUGAAUUGAUACCCAAUACCAAUACAAGACUGGGUGAAACAUCAGCAUAUAGAUAUAGGACAGUGGAAAGAUGCUUGAGGACCGUCAAGUUCUCAGAGAUGUCUGGGAUGGACGACUGCCCGUCUGCUUCAGGCUUGCUGACAAUGAAGUGCACACAGUAUCUGCUCCAGAUCCAUUCUACAUGCUAAUACCCAGGAUGACAUAUUUUCCAUUGGUUAUUGACAAGGUCCGAAGACAUUUUUCACAAAGUGUCCAUCCAGACCAUGCAAAAAGUGAUGUGUGGCUGGAGUGGGGAGACAUGCCUCUCCAGUGGCACUAUCCAGUUGGUCUGCAAUUUGACUUGCUGGCCACUGAUUCGGUUCUGCCAUGGAACCUGGUCGUCCACUUCACCGAUCGUCCAGAUCAGUGUCCGUUCAUGAAACGGGAAGCCAUGGAGUCGUUCUUCUUUUCAACGGUGAAAGAGGCUGAUCAGCUAAAACACAAGGGGUCUGCCAUCUCAUCGCUCGGCAAACGAGACCACAGCCAACUGUGGACCGGCCUCGCGUUCGAUAAGUUUGACCAAUUCUGGGCGGUGAACCGUCACCUGAUGGAGUGUGAGGGCGAGUCGGCGUUCCGCGCGGUGCCGGUGCGCCUGUACCGCGCCGGCGCGCCAUAUGUGCAGCGGCCCGUGCCUGUCCGCGCCGAGGACGGCCGGCAGAACACGCUGCGUCAGCUGAUUACCCAGCUGGCGCCCGACCUGACCGACGACGCACGAGCAAUCAUUCACGGCAUCGAGCCUCCAAUGGAUACGCCCCUGCAGUGGCUCAGCCAGCACUUUAGCUACGCGGACAACUUCUUGCACAUUGUCGUAUUCCCAUGACGACCCUGUCUCUGCACACUGCCACGGUUACGUCCGGAUCAUGCCAGUUUUUCCUGGAGCUGUUUAGUGGGUUCUUUUCUGCUCGUGAUGCUUGCCGGUGCUGCUCUGGAACCGAAACACUUUUUGAAUCAGAUAGGCUAAUGGAACAGGGUUGUUUCAUUGGUCACCAUCCACGAUUCUAGAGGAUAGGAAUAGUUGGAUCAUGCGGCCGCUGAUUCCGGCUUUUGUGCGUUUGCAAUGUGCGUGAUACUUUAUUUGUUUUAUACUUUAUGAUUGCCUAAGAACGUCGUUCUUAAGUUUAUCCAAGUGUUGUCUUUCGGAAAUAUAAAUGUUAAUCGUUAA